GCCCCACGCGCAUGUGUUGUGCUAUGACUGUAAACUUUCUCCACGAGCUCAGUCAGUCAGCGGCGGAGCGUUGGACUGUUGCUACUGCGCCUGUCUCCGUCCCGUAACGGCAGCCCCUCUGUUAAUCAUGUCCGACUAACGGUUUAAAUCGGUAAUUUCGGUGAAUCGAGAGAUACAUAAAAUCCCGGAGAAAAGCCGUUUGGAGAAAUGGAGGCUGUCAGCAAGUGGACCCCGCAACAAGUGGUGGACUGGAUCCGAGGGCUGGACGACAGCCUGCAGCAGUACAUCCCGUCCUUCCAGCAGCAGCAGGUGGAUGGGGAGAAGCUGCUCAGGAUGUCCCACCAGGAGCUGCUGUCUCUGGGCGUGGCGCGGGUCGGACACCAGGAGCUGGUGCUGGAGGCCGUGGAUCUGCUCUGCGCUCUGAACUACGGUGUGGAGAAGGACAACCUGAAGACUCUGGUGGGGAAGAUGAGAGCGGCGCACCACAACCUGAACAGCUCUGUGUCGCAGCGUAGGAAGAACCCCGCCUACCACUGCAAAAUCUCCCAUCAGCCCUCCAACGAAUUCCUGACCGCCGUGGUCGAGCUGAUCGGAGCCGCUAAGAGUCUGCUGGCCUGGCUGGACAGGACUCCGCUGGCGAGCGCCAACAACUUCACCUCCACCAAAAGCAGAAUCAUCCAGCUGUGUCUGGAGCUCACCUCCACCGUGCAGAAGGACUGCACUGUGUUUGAGAUCGAGGAGAAGAUUCUGGAAGUGUCUCGAGCUCUAAACGCUGUCUGCGAGAAGACGGCCCAGGAAACCUCGGACCCCUCCGAGAGCGGGAUGUCCUGUCUGGAGGAGGUGCUCAUCACCAACAUCAAGCCUGACCAGGGACUGGGUAUUUACAUCAAAUCCACCUACGACGGGCUUCACGUCAUCACAGGAACAACAGAGAAUUCCCCUGCAGAUCAAACUCAGAGGAUUCAUGCUGGAGAUGAAGUCAUUCAGGUCAACAGACAGACUGUGGUGGGCUGGCAACUGAAGCACCUGGUGGAGAAGCUGAGGGCGGAGUCUGGCAGCGUCGUCCUGGUGGUGAAGAAGAGGCCGUCAGGAACGAGUGGCGGCUUCGCUGCCGCGCCGCUGAAAAACCUGCGCUGGAGGCCUCCGCUCAUACAGACCUCUCAGGGAGCUCCGGGCCUCCACAGAUCCCAACAGCCAGAACCAUUGGACGCUCCUGGGAAGAGAGGGACGACGGCCAUAUUGGAUCUGUACGUCCCUCCUCCCCCUGCGGCCCCUUACACACCGCUAGACGGGAACAUGAACGUGUCUCUGGGUGUGAAAAUGAGGCCCAAGUCUCCGAACUCGUGUCUGGAUGCAGACGUGCGGCGGCGUUCCACUUUCGCCGACGACGAUAAAAAACGGACAUCCGUCAGGUCCCCCCCACCCGAACACAACCAACCAGUUGCUGUGUGCCUUCGACAGCGCUCGUCUACACGCUGUAAACCUCGACCCGUCUCCAUGCCGGUAGAGACGUUUUCAGGGGACCCGUCCUCCAGGCCCGGGGCUCGGGGAAGGAAAGGACAGGACGUCCUGCACAGAUAUCUGAGCAACGAGGGUAUCAGCACCAUCACAGAGGAGGAGCCGUGUUUCCCUCUGCCGUACCGAGGACAUCCGUCCGUCCGCGGCGUCGACCACAUCAGAGGCAGCCAGUGCUUCAUCAACGCAAACCUGCACAACAGCGCCACCAUCCCUUACCAGGAAGCCGCAUCCAAGAAGUCUGCUGCCUCCACCUCCACCUCCACCUCUGCUGCUGUUUCUCCACCCAGGGCUGUAACCAAACAGUCGACGUCGCUGCUCGGAGGCUGGCUGGCUCGUCUCAGGCUGCUCAGCCACUGACGGAGUCAAAAAUGCACUCCUCUCACCUGACUUCUACAGGAGGCUGUGUACUCCCACCCUGAUCCUCAGGAGGUCUACAGGAAAAAAAGGUUUUUAAAUGGCUGUUAGAUCAAAACCUUCAGCAAAUAAUUAGUCAAAUACAAACGGUGUAUGGAAAACCAACUUCUGGUAUCAACCAAAGAUCUAAAAAGUCAACGCCAGAGCAAAAAAACAUCACAGAGCAACAGUUAAUUAUUUUUCUACAUUGACCACGACGGUUUUUAUUCAGUUUAUUAUCACCAUGAACUUCAUUCUUGAAACUGUUGACACUCAAUCUUCCAGUUAAAUUUAUAAAUAAAAAAUAGAAAAUUGGAAGAUUUCAAUUCAAGCUCCAAAGACAGCUCAACAGCAAUUAUGUAUUUGACUGUGGCUUUAAACAAGUAUUAGUCUACACCAGUUCUGAAUUUGAAC